CGUCUUGCGUUUGGGUGACGUCAUGUCCUCGGUCGGGGGCGGGGCUUAACAGAGCUGUUUUCAAGUGCCUCAAACCUAUUGUCGCCAUUUUGUAAGCUCGGCAAACGCUGAAGAAGCACCGAGUCAGAGAAAUCCCCUCAAUAAUCAAUCCAGAUUCCCGAGAAAUCAGAACCGCAAGAUCACCCGUUGUCGUCCGAAAGGAAAGGGAAUCUUAUCGUAUGUCCGCUAUCCAGAACCUCCAAACUUUUGACCCCUUUGCUGAUGCAACUAAGGGUGAUGAUCGGCUCCCAGCUGGGACAGAGGACUACAUCCACAUAAGAAUUCAACAGCGGAACGGGCGGAAGACUCUGACCACGGUUCAGGGCAUAGCCGAUGACUAUGAUAAAAAGAAGCUAGUCAAGGCCUUCAAGAAGAAAUUUGCCUGCAAUGGGACUGUGAUUGAGCACCCUGAGUAUGGUGAAGUAAUUCAGCUGCAAGGUGAUCAGCGGAAGAACAUUUGCCAGUUUCUUACUGAUAUUGAACUGGCCAAAGAGGAGCAGCUCAAGGUCCACGGGUUCUAGAAGCUGAUGUGAACUGACCCCUCCCCUCCCCCAACACUUAACCCAGCCUACCCUGUUGUUGUGCUGCUGUCACCCCCAGCAGCCCCCCUCAAGGAAAAAAAGCUGAAAAUGAUUACCUCUGAUUUGAGACUUUUUAGUAUGGCAUCCUUAUCAAAACGACCAGUCCUGUUCACACAUGGACAGACGACAAGGCAAAUAAUGCGGGAUAAAUGAUUUUUGUUCCUUGUCCCCUCCUUUAGUCCUUUAUUUUUUUUUAGUUAAUCCUGUGCUGCUCUUAAGCACAAAUUCCAUGUAACUUUUUCUCUUUGUUUUGUACCAGGUGUUUCAAUAAAACCUUCAGAUGCCACGUUUUGCACAAUCCUUAAGUUGACGGGGCGGGUGUGGGUGGGGCAGUUUAUGUAUAAAUUUUUUGGUUCAUAUUUAAAUACCACCAUAAAGAAUCUGCAUUUUUAGUUAUGAUGUGGGCCAGCCUGCUUCAGGGUUACAUUGGAGUGCUGUUCGAGCACAAAGCACGGCAACCCCAUCUUUUCUCAUUAUGCAUCUCUUAACUGCCUUUUUUACCCUUGUUUUUCACAAUAUGCAUAAUUUCAAUUUUCUAAACUUGUAAUACCAUAUUUUGUUUUUGGUCUGGAAUAAACAAUAUCCCAUA